AUGAAGGCGGUGUUCGACAAGGCCCAAGAGAAGGGCAAAUCGGUGUUCGCUGAUUGGUUGAGGAAGUCGCUGUUCUUCGCGGUGGGCCUCUUGUACCUCAACGUGUUCCACAACGCGAAGGUCGAGGAGCACUUGCACCCCAACACGUGGUGCGCCAAGAGGGUGCUCCUGGCGAGGGACGCCGAGCGCCACGCGUGCGACACCGCCAAGGAGGUCCUGGAGAAGGACCAGAACAUCCUCUACUCCGCCAUUCCCUACUUGGGCGACCUGUGCGAGGCCAACCACAGGUCGGCCCACACGGAGUGGGUGGAGCGGGCCACCACCCCGUCCAACGGCGAAGAGCCGUACAAGCAUGCCGAGCUUCCACUCGGCGGAGUGAAGGAGAACCUCCACGCAUUCUGCCUGUUCAUGGGGUUUGACAGCGAGGCAAACAUUAACGCCCUCGACGUCGGAGCUCGGCGUUGGUUGGUGGUGGUGGUGGUCGCGCCAAAGCCGUGA